CAAUAAGUAAAAAAACGAAAAAACUCACCGUACCGGAUCACGUGAUUCACCAUCAGCUGAUUGUCAACAUAACCUCUCUUUUUUUACAUUACUGUCGUACCUCGUUUUCGUGCUCCUUUUCCAUCCCAGUGAUUUUAUUUCAAAAUGAGAGGGAGUCAUUUAUUAAUGAGCAUUGCCAACAAAAAUCGAGCAAGAGCUGCACAAAAAGAAAAUAAAGUUCAAUUUAAGGCUUUACUGCCUCUGCAAUUAAGGAAUAGAGUCAGUGGAAAAAAUGACAGUGAAAAAGAAAAAGGCUGUCUUCAUGAAAUAUCUCUCGCCAUGGCCUGUCUUGCGAAAAAUAAUUAUCAAAAUACACCAUGCGCCAAAGAAAUAAAUAAUUUUAAUAAUUGUUUCAAGACAUAUAUGAAGAAUAAAGAAACUAGGAAGGAAAAUCAAUUAAAAGGCAUUCUCACUGUGGAUGCAAAGACCUUAAAUCAUCGAGAAGUUAAUAUUCUUCUUAAAAGGUUUCCAUAAGAAAGUAUGUGCUUUUUUCAAAUAAUUUAUUAAAUAGAAGACAAAUUUUUUAUAUUAAAUAUCUGUCUUGUAGAAUUAAAACAUUAAGUACAAAUAUAAAAUUUUUAAAAUCUAA